AGAGAGAGUUGAGUAGCAUUUGUGCAUGUGCCGUGUUGCCGGAAAAGAUCUCGACGACCAUUCCUAAUGUACUGUAAUGAAGUCUUGACUGAAUGAGUUGUAGUUUUUCUCCCUUGGUGUAGGUCGUGCCUAACACGCGAAGCAGAAGCCAAAUGGGUGAAACAACUGAUGGUGGUCUGCAUGAGAUUUUUCAACAUGAUUUUGGACCCGUUGGCUCUCCUAGCUUUGAAGCUGCUCGCAGUUCUGGGAGGCUUGUUCAUAUUGAUUUUGGUUUCAUCUUUGAAAUAUCACAUGGUGGAAAGAGAGUGCACAUUUCAAGUUGAGCCACGAGAUGACUCAAUUACUCGAUCCAUCCGGAAUUAUGAAAAGUGAAACAUGGGAUCACUUUGCAAGUUUGUGUAUAAAGGGAUACCUCGCCUCCCGUCGAUACACGAACGGGAUAAUCAACACGGUGUUGCUAAUGCUCGACAGUGGAUUGCUAUGCUUCAGCAGGGGCGAUCCCACGGGGAAUCUUCGCAAGAGAUUUCAUCCCGAGAUGUCGGAGCAGGAGGCUGCCAAUUUCAUGAAAAGUGUGUGCGUAGAUGCCUGCAAUAAGUGGACCACUGCUGGCCAUGACCUUAUACAGUAUCUACAGCAAGGUAUUGAGAAGUAGAAUGGUAAAAGUAAAACUUUACCGC